UCAGAACAAAGCGGUGUGAGUGGUGACUUAUGACGUCAGUCGACUUAAGUUUUUAGUAGCAAAACAAAAAUGGCGAAGUUAUGUGUGAUGUGUGGUAGUUUGUGCGCGUAUUUUCUUUUAUUUCUUGCAACUGCAGCCGUUUGUUCUGUAAAUGAUUACUACUACUACAAAACGGACUUCCGAGACGACAGAUACGAAUUUCAUUUACCACAAGGGCACAGACUUCGUAGAGAUGCACAAAUCGAAAGCAACCAAAGCAAUACAAGAAAUAGCACAGAAGUGCUGGCAAAACCAAAUGAGACGAAAAUAGCACCGAGUCAAGCAACGGAGAAAAGCAACGAUGGACUUUCAGUCGCUAAUAAAACGGUAACAGACAAUAAACUCUCGUCAGUCAAGGCGAAAUUGGAGAAAACAACUAAACCAAUGUUGAAUGGAAACACAACGAAAAUCUCUUUGGAAGUUGUCCGCAAGAACUUAGGUGAAAACGGAACGGGCAUUCGAAAAAACAUCACAACUAUAAAGCCUAUAUUACUAUCUAAUCAAACAUCCACGACAAUCCCCGAUUUACAAAAUAUCACUAUAACUGAAGAAACAACCGACGACCAACAACUGUCAAUUGAUAGGUUCCCACCGGACGAAGACAGUGAGGCUUUCAACAAAACUCUAACUGAACAUCACAUAACAAAUUCAACUCAGGACAACCACUUAUACUACAACAGCACCAUACGAAAUGAUCCUGAAGCAGGACAGUUUUAUUGGGUUGACUUAAAGAACAAUACAGACGUAAAAAUCAACGAACUUUUGUCAAGAUCACAUCGUCGAGCAGCUACGGUCCAAUUAAAUUUCGAAUUUCCAUUUUACGGACAUUUGAUUAAGAACGUAACAAUUGCCACUGGAGGGUUUCUGUAUACAGGAGAUUACGUUCAUUCUUGGCUUGCUGCCACUCAGUACAUCGCCCCUUUAAUGGCGAAUUUUGAUACAAGCAUAUCAAACGAUAGUUACAUAAGAUAUCUGGACAACGGAACGGCGUUCACAGUGGAGUGGGAAAAAGUAUCAUUACAAGAUAAAUCCAACGAAGGCGAAUUCACCUUCCAGACAACGUUGCACAAAAACGGUGAUAUAGUGUUCGUUUACAAGAAUGUUCCUUUAUUCAUUAAAAACAUAACUGAUGAUCACCACCCGGUUAAAGUAGGACUUUCAGACGCCUACAUUAUCGACCGCACAAUAUUUUUGGUUCGCAGGAAGACAAUAUAUGAAUAUCAUCGUAUCAACUUUGGUAAAGAAGAUAUAAGAAACUGGACUGUCAUCUACCUUACAGCUUUACCCACGUGUUUACAACAUGAAGACUGCAUGUCGUGCAUCAAAACAGCCAUACCCUCAUUUCAGUGCUACUGGUGUCCAAUCAUAAAGCGAUGUUCCAAUGGGGUCGACAGAAACCGUCAAGACUGGUUGACCAAUCACUGCCAAAGCAAACAGCUCAAUGAAACAAUAUGCUCACACAUAACCGGCUCAGACAUUUUUGAUAAAAGCAACAUCACUUACGUACAUGAUGCCAACGAGUUCCAGCAGAAGUUGGCGUCUGGUGGAGCUUUUGAUAACCCAAGGGUGUUAGCGGCGAAUCAGCCUGUGAAAAUGGGAGUUUCUAGUAUCGUGGCAAUAUUAUUUUUAAUAGCGAUGGUGGCUGGGUUAGCACUUUGGGUUCUCUAUGCUUACAGGAAUCCGCACACUACCAGCGGUCAAAUAUUAAUUAGGUAUCGACCAAGUCAGUGGCGAUGGCGAAGAGGAGAAGCAAGAUACACGGCAGCUACAAUACACAUGUGACAAAUUUUAGUAUUGUAUCAUUCCAUUCGCGUGGUGAAAUUUUUGCUUUCCAUCUUUGAUGCAAAAUUUUUGGACUUUUUAAUAGGUUAAUGACGUCGCAUUAUUGAGAGAUAUAUUUAGAUGCAAUAUGGUAAUAGAACUGAGGAAAGUUAUCAAGAUCUGUUAUAUCUAUUUACCAUUAAUGACGCUUUUCUGUGAUAAAUUUUACAAAAACGUCCAAAUUGAAUAAACGUUAUUUCUUCUAAUCAAAAAUUGUUGCCUUCUGAAGUGCCUAAAUUAUACUAAUACGUACAUUUGAAAUAAUAUUUUCAUCAUGUUCUAUUAAAGUUUUUGUUUAUUUGUACUUUUUAUUGUAUAUAGGAAUCUCGUAUUCAAGUUUUUAUAGAUGAGUAGGUGUUACUGUGGCCAAUACAGCUCUGUAUUAUUUUGUAUUAUUUUAACUAAAAUUGUAGUAUUCUUUGUUUGAGUAAUUAUUUGCCUUGAUUUGGCCACAUGAAUAUUUUACUCUUCCAAAUAUUUGGUAUUCAGCCACAAACUGCUUAGUGUAUCUUAUCACCAUUAUUGUAAAAAUUUUAUCUAUGACUAUUAUGACAAUCUAUAAAGGCUAUUACUGGCUAGAAGUCACCCGUAAAAAUUGUUUUUGAAUUAGCUUAUGUUGAACAUUUAAAUUCUUUAAUAAAUUUUAUACUUGA